AUGGCCAAAACAUCUACUGAAGAACUGAGAAAGGUUUUCAGCAAGUAUGCUUUGAAAGGAGGUGAUCCUAACCAAUUAUCGCAAUAUGAACUGAAAGUAUUAAUUGAGAAAGAAUUUCCAGGUGUAGCAAAGGCAACUGUUGAUGCCAUAUUCAAAGAGAUGGACAAAAAUAAUGAUGGAGAAGUCAAUUUUGAAGAGUUUGAGCCUGUUAUAACCAAACUAAUAGGAUGAAGCGAAUAAUUUGCCCUUAUAAGAAGAUGGAAGACCACUGCAACUUCUAGAAAGAAAGCAAAAUAAAACCAUAAAGAAAAAAACCGUAA